AUGGGUACUGUUCGGAAUAUUGCAAUAGCUGUUCUAGUUCUAUCCUUCUUCACAUUCGUUGCUUUCUUCGGCAGGCUUCCAGCACUGAGGAAUACACCAAUAGGUAUUUUACAUCGAGUAUUAUGGGUACACAUUCCUCGUGGUUUCAGAGCUGCAGAUGAGAGGUUAACCAAUGGUCGUCUCAGUGCUUCGGUGGGAAGACUGGCUCAUACAUUAUGGAAUGAUCGUCAUCCUGUUGUUAUGAUAUUCUUCAUUCUUCUACUUUCCGUGUCCGAGAUUAUGUUCUUGCCUUCAGCAUGGUCAUUCAUGAGCACAUCUCGCAGAAUAAAGGCAAUUAUUGCUUUGACAUUACCAUAUGUCUUCCUCUAUCUAGCUGCUUCUUGUGAUCCAGGAUAUAUUACACCUUCGAAUCACGUCCAUCAAAUGAGUAUUUACCCUUAUGACUAUACCAUUUUCCAUCCCGGAAAUCCCUGUCGAACAUGUCGUCUACUCAAACCUGCCAGAUCCAAGCAUUGUCAUGUUUGUAAACAUUGCAUCGCAAAAUGCGAUCACCAUUGUGUCUUCAUCAACAAUUGCGUUGGUUACAACAACCACCAUUGGUUUCUCCUCCUUCUUUUCACGACUGGAAAUCUCACCACUUAUGCUGUCUACAUCGGAAACUCCAUUCUUUCCACUUUCAUCGUCGUCGUAUAUCCAGACUGGUCUUUUCUAGGAUUCGGUUUUACCUGGUCUCGUUACUUCUCAAUUUGGGGAUGGGCACUACAAGAACAUACCCGAAUUGGUUCCAUAACUCUCUUAUGUUUCCUCAUCACUCCCUUAGUCUAUGGACUUUUUUUCUUUCACAUAUAUUUAAUUUGGUGCGGUACCACCACCAACGAAAGUCAGAAAUGGUCCGACUGGGAUAUCGAAAUGGCUGAGGGAUAUGUCUUCAAACGCGCUCUCUCCGAAAAUCGAGAGAAGAAUUUACGAAUAGAACCACCGUGGACACAUUGGCCAGCAGAAAGUCAACAGAUCGUUUUGCGUACAGCUGAUGGACAGGAUCCUGUCGGAGCAAUCGGAGAUGGAGAAUGGCAACGCGUAUGGGGUUUGAGGGAUGUUGAGAAUUUAUAUGACAUUGGGUUUGUAGAUAAUCUGAAAGAUGUAUUUAUUGGGCGGCAGGGUGUGUAUCACGUACCAGAUAGAGAGGCCGAUGUGCCGUUGGAGACACCGAGGGGUUCAAGUUCAGAGCCAACGAGUGCGUAG